GCAAUUGAUUAAUUUUCAAGACGUUUAAAUCCUACACAUAAUAGAAGAUGCUUGCUUCCCGCAUAAUAUCUAUCUUUGUUGUUCUCACUGUGCUGACUACAAUGGUUAUGGCUAAGAAACACAAGAGCAAGCACAAGAGCAAGCACAUGACCAAACACAAGAAAAAAAUUUUCACCACUUCCUUUCCAGUCAAAAACAAUGAUGUCCAUGCUCACUACCGAACAAAAACCCUUCCUGCUAGCAUCUUCCCUACAUUUUACAACUACGAAAUUAUGGAUUCAAAUCCUUUAAAAGAUGGUCAAGUCUACCUUAGCGCACAAGAUGCCGGAUAUAAGGUGUAAAAUGUAUAUUAAGCUUCAUAACAUACUCCUUUCUGGAGAUAUUCCCCAGCUAUUCCAUCCGUCUUCUAAACUCAUAUACUCUAAAAUUAUCAAUUCAUACGCUGUAAAAUUUUUGCUUAAUCCUUACAUACGUGUAUCUUUCGCCUAAUCUUCUACCAUUUAGAGGUUUUAUUUUUCCCAAUAAAACACGUCCGUUUUGUAACUUAAUUCACAUGCUUAAUUUCAGCUUAAAAAUUAUGAAACAAACAAUUUUCUUU